AUGCAUAAUAAAACAUCUGACUCAGCGGAAUAUGAUCAUGGAAAUCGAUCGAUACGAAAAUCAAAAUCUACCUCAAAUUUAUCAAUUAUAUCGAAGAAAAAAUCGAACAAUAUUCCACCAGUUAAAAUUGAAGUUGAUGUUGAUACUAAAUUAGAAAAUAAUAAGUCAUCACCAAUAGGAAACAAAAUAAAUGGAAAUGCAUCACCAAAUCAUCGGCGUCGUCCAAAACGUUCCUCAAUAAAUAAUAAUUGUCUUCUGUCAACAGUUACUAAUGUGCAUGAGUUAAUGUCAUUUGUAAUUUAUAAAGAUAAUCCACCCACUUGGUUAAAACAAUCAGAUCUAUAUAAAGAAUAUAUAAAUAAGUCUCAACAAAUAAAUGCAGAGAAUAUUUCAUCAGGAUCACCUCCACAUUAUCAUCGACAGUCGCAUCGUAAACAACGUUGUAAUCUUCAAAUGUACGCACGAUCAGGUCAAUCUUGGCCAUCAAUAUCACCGUCACCAUUGAUAAGUCCAAUAAUAGAUAGUCGUUCUAAAACAAGAAAUCAUUCGAAUGAAUCAAUACAUAAAUUAAAACGUGAAACAAAUAUUUCACCUAUACAUUCAUCAUCAUCAAUGGUUGAUUUAUCGACUCCAUUAAAUAUUUCUAUAAAACAAGAUCCAAUUGUAGAAAAUUCAUUAUUAAUUACAAAUAAAUCAAAAACAUUGAAACAACAAACAUCAACGAUUACGACAAGAAGACAACAUAUGUUAUGUAAGAAGAAAACUCCUCAAAAUGGAAUACGUCGUCGACAAUGUAUGAACAGUGUAGAAAAUCAAGAACCAUUAGAAAAUAAAGAUUCGUCAUCGUCAUCUGAGCAUGACAGUAAUACAUCAACAGCAUCGUCAUCGUCAAUUCAACAUACAUCUCCAUCACCUACAACAACUGUUUCAGGUUCAUCAUCACAUAAUUCCAGUCCAACGGAAUAUAUGCGUGGGAAUAGAUCAAUAAAUACUCGACUUUCUUCACCAUUGCGUAUUCAAACAAGUAUUUCACCGCAUGCACAAUCAUUAUCAACACCACAACGUCGUUCAGCACGUAUAUGGGCACCAUCAAAUUUUUAUAUUAAUCCAAUGUGGAUUUUACCGGGUGCUGCCGUGACAUCAAAACGAUUACUUGUACAAAAUACAUCAUCAUCUCCAUCACCACCACCGUCUGAAUCUAAUAAACGUCCAAGACGACGAUGUCGCUCUUAG